GAUGAAACUAGAGAAGGAUGCAAAGUGUUGUUAUAUGUGUCAAAGAAAGAAGAAGAAAAAUGGGUUGUUUGUAGACUUGUUUCUAAGCACAAUCACGAACUUGCUUCUCCAUAUAGUCAAAAGUUUUUGCGAUCAAAAAGGAAAAAGACAGAGGCUCAGAAGAAUCUUAUUGAUUUGCUUGAUAACUCUGGAGUUCGUCCAGGAAAAAUUGCAUCAGUAUUAAUUAAUCAAGCUGGGGGUGUUGACCACCUUAAUUUGACAGGACAAGAUAUUCAGAAUUAUUUGAAAACUAGGAGACAAAAAAAUCUUGAAAAAGGAGAUGCCCAAUUGAUGUUGCACUAUUUUCAAAAGCGUCAAUCCGAGAAUCCAGGUUUCUUUUAUGCGAUCCAGAUGGACGUAGAGAGCCGCUUAGCUAAUUGUUUUUGGGUCGAUGCUAGGUCUAGGGUAGCAUAUAAGAAUUUUGGAGAAGUUGUAGUUUUUGAUCCGACGUAUCUGACAAACAAAUAUAGGAUGCCUUUUGUCCCAUUUACCGGGGUUAAUAACCAUCAUCAGUCUAUUUUGUUUGGUUGUGCACUACUUUGGGAUGAAACUGAAGACACUUUCGAGUGGUUACUUCGUACUUGGAAAGAAGCGAUGUUUGGAGUUGCCCCUCGUACAAUCAUAACAGAUCAGGAUCGUGCCAUAACAAACGCAAUUGCAAAGGUAUUCCCUAACAGCGUACACCACUUUUGUAUGUGGCACAUCGAAAAGAAGAUCCCAGAACAUUUGAGUCAUGUUUACCAUCAGUUUGAUGAUUUCAAGAGCAAGUUUAGUUGGUGUAUUCAUGCCACGACCACUCCUGAGGAAUUUGAAACAACGUGGGCUGAAAUAAUCAAAACGUAUAAUUUAGAAGAAAAUAGUUGGUUGCAGAGGAUAUAUGCAAUUCGUGAGAAAUGGAUUCCAGCAUAUGUGCGUACUACUUUUUGUGCAGGCAUGUCAUCAAGUCAAAGAAGUGAAAGUAUGAAUAAAUUUUUCGAAGAUUAUUUAAAUUCUAGUACUCCAAUGAGUGUAUUUGUGGUGCAAUAUGAUAAGGCUAUUGAUGCUCGAUAUGACAAAAUAAGGGAGAAAGAUUAUAAGACUAAAUGUUCAAGGCCUAUCUUGAAAACAUUAUAUCCAAUGGAGGAUGAAGCAGCAAAGGCAUACACUAGAAAAAUAUUUCGAAUUUUCCAAGAAGAAUUGAUUCAAUCACAAAAAUAUGUCUCUGAAAAGAUUGAGGUUAAGGAUGAAAAGCACUUUUAUAAGGUACAUCAGUUUCAAAAACAAAAGCCUGUGUACAUCGUUAUCGUUACCUUGAAUCCUGCAUUAAAACAUGCGGUUUGGUCAUGCCACAAGUUUGAGUUCAUGGGAAUUCUAUGCAGGCAUGUGCCAAUGGUAUUUAUAAAAAAACAGAUUCUCACACUUUUGACAUGUUAUUUGUUAGAUCGAUGGACUAGAAACGCUACCAAAGAAAAAGUUGGGGACUAUCCAAAUGAAACAAAAAGUUGAAACCUUCUACUUUAUGGUUUAAUAACAUUAUGAUGCAUUCCAUGGGGCUUUCUGAAAGAGCAGCACGGUCUGAAAAGCAUUAUCAAUUUGCACGUCAAAGAUUGUUGCAAUUGUGUGAGGAACUUGAUGAACUCCCUUAUGAAUCUGAGAAAGAUGGUGUACCAAACGCUCAAGUUAGUGAGAAAGAUUGUGAACUAAACUCAUGUGAAAGUCAAGAUAUUACUCUGCUGGACCCUCCACGAGUGCUAACUAAAGGGCGUCCGCAAUCUUUGAGAAUGCAAGGUGCUCUAGAAGUUACUCAGAAGACCAAAAAAGUUUCUACUCAGAAGACCCAAAAAAUUUCCGCUCAGAAGACCACAAAAGUUUCCGCUCAGAAACCAAAAAAGCUAACGAGAAGUACGAAACUUAAGAGAAAGGGAACAAGUUCGAACUCUAUUGCCGAAGCCGAACAGAAAAGUACAACAACAUCUAACGUGGCUCAUACAAUGCAAUUUCAGCGAUAUCCAGAAUAUUAUCAAGGAUAUAUUGAGAACACUGAUUCUGCAUAUGCCACCUCAUUUAUGGAUUUGAUGAAAAAAGCUUCAACUCCAUUCCAACAAAAUUAUCCUAGUUAGUGAGUAAGAAUAUAGAAGAUUUGGAGCUUUAGAAUACAAAGGAAACAAGGAGAGAGAGUUAUUUACACUUCAAUAUUAGUUGUUAUUUACACUUCAAUAUUAGUUGUUAUUUACACUUCAAUAUUUUUUUUUAUAUAUUUUCUUAUUUUGAAUUCUGAAUUGUCCUUUCAUCGUUUGUUUUAACGUGUAUAGUGGUAUAGACAGUUUUGGUAUUUGAACAUAAUAAGAUUGCUUGUAAUGCAGUUUGCCAUCUAUUUUUGGGUCACAAA